UUGGUACAUUCACUGUUAUAUAAAAGAGCAAAGCAGCGUCGUCGUCACAGCACUCGUGUUCUACAGUGGUUGAGUUUCUUUGGAGCCGGUCGCAGCCAUUCCUAAUGGCUUCUCGCUUGGCUCUGACCUGCGUGCUACUGGCUAGCGUUGGCAUCUGCUCCGCGACUUUUGGCCAUGAACAUGUUCACAUACGAGUUCACAUACCGGAGGAACAUCACUCGUCAAAGGAGGUUGUAGUGCACGAGCAUCAUGAUCACGGACACGGCGGAGGCGGCGGGGGAGGGGGAUACGGAGGUGGCCACGGCGGCAGUUUCGCAGAUCACUUACACGGAGGCUUCAUAGACCACUUAAAAGGCCACGACCACGGCGGUCAUGGUGGUCACGGCGGCUACGGAGGUGGAUUUGGUGGUGGCCACGAUAUUUCCAUCGGAGGAGGAUACGGAGGCGGCGGAAGCCAUGACUUUGGCGGAGGCCACGGAGAUUUAGGAUUUGGAGGUGGCCAUGGAGGUGGUGGAUACGAAAGCCAUGACAUCGGCGGUAGCCUCGGAGGUGGACACGGAGGACAUGAUUUUGGAGGUGGCUACGGAGGUGGUUUCGGAGGUGGACACGGAGGUGGUCUUGGCGGUGGCUUUGGAGGUGGUCACGGAGGCAGUGGAUACGGGGGAGGCCAUGGAGAUAGCGGUUUCGGAGGUGGUCACGGAAUCGGCGGUGGAUUCGGGGGACAUGACUUAGGUGGUGGCCAUGGGGGCAGCGAUUUUGGCGGUCACGACUUUGGAGGUGGUCACGGUGGUGGUCAUGACUUUGGAGGUGGUCACGGGGGCGGUCUAGAUAUUGGAGGUGGACAUGGGGGUUAUGAUUUAGGAGGACAUGGAGGGGGCGGUCAUGGUAUUAGCGAUGGCCAUGGUGGAGGUGGAGGAUAUGGAAGCGGACAUGGCGGUGAUUUCAGUGGAGGCUUAGGAGGUGGAUUUGGAGGCGGCCAUGACGGUGGCCACGAUUUUGGGGGUGGAUUUGGUGGCGGCCACGGAGGACAUGACCAUCACGGCGGUGGCGGAAUAUCAGGAGCAAUAAGUGGUGGUUUUUCAUCUGGUGGCCACGAUAGUUACAGUGGCGGCGGUGGAGGUGGCCAUGGCUUAUCAUUUGGGGGACAUAGUAGUCAUGGUUCUGGCGGUCUUGGCGACUUCGGAGGUGGCCACGACUCUUAUAGCAUCGGAAGUCAUGGCGGAGGCGGUGGUCACGACAGCUAUUCACUAACCAGCACUUCGUUCGGCAGCGGCGGUCACGGUGGUCAUGGUGGAGGUGGCGGUGGUCACAGUUUUGGCGGCGGCCACGGUGGUGACAGUUACAGCCUAGGCCAUGGUCACGGUUCCGGCGGUGGACACGGGAUUGCGGAUAUAAGUUUAACAGACAUUGGUGGCCACGGAGGUGGUCACGGGGGAGAUGAAUUUGGUGGUGACAGUUACACAAACGCUCUAGGCGCAGGUCAUGGCGGCGGCCCUUACCACAAACGGAAAUAAAUACAUUGUUGGCAACAUUGUUAAAAAAAAUCAACUAAGUCAUAGAUUCUGAUGUGCAUACAAAUACAACGAUCUUUAAUGUUUAUCCAGUAUUAAAUUGUACUAUAUUUUUGGUUGUACAUAGGUUAGCUUAAGUUAUUGUUAUGUUGUUUUCUAGUAAAAUAUUAUUUAAUUAUUAAAA